AUGUUGCAGCAAUCGACUCCGCUAGUCCCAUGGCUGGACGUAGCACCGAGGGAGAGUGAUCUCUCGGCCUGGUUCGACUCGCCUUUGGGCAAGGCCAUUGCCAAGUCUGCGCCGCUCAUUGUGGCGCCGAAUGCGAUGUCGAUCGCCGCUGCCCACCAGGCGCCUGCGGUGGUCGACCUGACCUUGCCUGACGUCUCUGCGUCGUACGACUUGGCCAUCGACGUGCUCAACCAGGGCGCCGAGGCUGUGAUUGUGCGUAAUGACGACGCCUCGCUGCUACAGGCGCUGGGCACAGACGUUAUCGCUUCGCGUGUCAUUGUCGCGAUGCCCGACACCAUGGCACCCCCGACGCACGCCGCGGGUGUGCGUCUGGACGUGGAUCGCAUCGACGCUUCGUCCAUUCAAACCUUUGUGCGUGCGAUGGAGACCACAGUCACGGGCCGUGGCGUGUACGUACGUGCCCCUAUCUCGUCGCUCGACGACGUACGUACACUCGCUCGUCUGUCGGCCACGGCGGUGGUGCCUACCUCGACCCUGUACUUGGACCAGUCGACCUCUGCUGCCUCCAUCGAGUAUGUUGAGGCGCUGCUGUGCGCCAUUGAGUCGGACCGUGCCGAUGGCCUGCUUCCGACGCUGGUCGUCUCAGAUACGUGCUCCGCCGCGUUGGGCUUGGUGUACUCGUCGUUGGCGUCCGUGCGUGCCUCGCUGACGACAGGCUCGGCGCACUACCAGUCGCGCAAGCGCGGUCUAUGGCACAAGGGCGCCACGAGUGGCGCUACGCAGGAUGUCGUGCGGAUUCGUUUGGACUGUGAUCAGGACGCCUUGGAGUUCCGUGUGACGCAGCACACCGGUCAUCGCUCGGUGGGCUUCUGCCACCUGACCGAUCGCGAAUCGUGCUUUGGUGGCCUGACGGGGCUUGCGAAGCUGGAGCAGACGCUGCGUGCCCGCAAGCACUCGGCGCCGGCUGGCUCGUACACGGCCCGCCUGUUCAACGAUCGUGAACUGCUGGGCGCCAAGAUUCGCGAGGAGGCCCAGGAACUGAUUGAUGCCACAGAUGCGACGCAUAUUGCCUUUGAAGCGGCGGACCUGCUGUACUUUGCGCUUGCGCGGUGUAUUAGUGCGGGUGUCGGCCUCGCGGACAUUGAGCGUUCCUUGGACCAGAAGAGCAAGAAAGUGACGCGCCGUCGUGGGGAUGCAAAGCCCGCGUACACCUCGGCCCCGUCGUCGUCUGCCGCGCCUGCGGCAGCAGCCGAGGCCAAGACGCUCGAUGCGUCUGCACCGAUUCGGCUGCCUGUGCAUCGCCUGUCGGCGACCUCGGCAGAGAAGCAGGUCGAGUUGCUGCGUCGUCCUGCGAUUCGGACCAGCCAGGUGAUGGAGCGUGUGCGUCCCAUCUUGGCGGACGUCAAGGAGCGCGGCGACGCGGCCGUGCUGGAGUAUACCGCGCAGCUAGAUCGGUGCCAACUACAGAGCACAGUACGUCAUCCGCCCUUCCAGACGGAGGCGGAUCGCGCUGCGAUGCCGGAAAGUGUGCGUACGGCUAUUGAUGUGGCGUACGGCAACAUCCGUCGCUUCCACGAGGCGCAGCGGACCCCGUCGCAAGGCCCUACGGCUGGUGUGCAUGCGGCCUGGGCGCCAGAGGACCAUGUGAUGGAAAUCGAGACGAUGCCUGGCGUGCUGUGCACGCGUUUCCCACGUGCGAUUGAGCGUGUCGGUGUGUACGUGCCUGGUGGCAGUGCUGUGCUGCCGUCCACGGCGCUGAUGCUGGGUGUGCCUGCGCAGGUCGCAGGGUGCCAAACGAUUGUGCUUGCGACGCCGCCUCGCUCGGACGGCUCGAUUGCGCCGGAAGUGUUGUAUGUCGCUGACAAGGUCGGCGUCUCGUGCAUUGUGUGUGCGGGCGGUGCGCAGGCGGUAGGUGCGAUGGCGUACGGCACGGCGAGUGUGCCCAAGGUCGAUAAGAUUGUCGGCCCAGGCAACCAGUACGUGACGGCGGCCAAGAUGCUCGUCCAGAACGAAGUGGAUGCGUUGGUCUCGAUCGAUAUGCCGGCAGGUCCCUCGGAGGUGCUGGUCGUGGCAGACAACGAUGCGGAGCCGCAGUUUGUGGCGUCUGAUUUGCUGUCGCAGGCCGAGCAUGGUCCUGAUUCACAGGUGGUGCUGGUCGGCAUUGCUCUGAGCGAUGCCAAGCUGCAGGCCAUUGAAGACGAAGUCGAUCGUCAGGCGCGUGCGUUGCCGCGAGUCGAUGUGGUGCGGCAGGCGAUUGAUAAGAGUGUCACGAUACUUGUCGACACGCCGGAAGAAGCGAUGGCGUGGAGCAACCGGUACGCGCCUGAGCACUUGAUUCUGCACAUGGCCAACGCGGAAGAGGUCGUGCCGAUGGUGCAGCAUGCUGGCAGUGUGUUUGUGGGCCCAUGGACGCCAGAGAGCUGUGGCGAUUACGCUUCCGGGACCAACCACACGCUGCCUACGUAUGGCUACGCGCGGCAGUACGGUGGCGUGUCCACCGGCACGUUCCAAAAGUACAUUACGGCCCAGACCAUUGCGGCGGAUGGUCUUCAGCAGCUGGGACCGCAUGUCGUUACGUUGGCCGAGUGUGAAGGGCUGGAAGCGCACGCGAAUGCCGUGCGUGUGCGUCUGCAGAAGAUGCGUGCAGCAUAG